AUGCUCUCUUCCACUCUUCUUUCCGCCUUGGCCACAGCCACCACGGCCUCUGCUGCUAAAACCUACCUCGCCUACGCAUGGAACGAGACCGCGCCUGAGAUCCACGGCAUGGCCGUACAAGCCCGCAACGGAUACUUCUAUCUCGGCGGCCAAGCAUACCCUCACUGUGCUGAAGACGCUUUCGACUGCGUCCACAACCAGACCCUUAUCACCGGACCUAGCACCAGCAAGUACAGCGACAACCUCGAUGGCUUCUUCAUGUCCAUCACGGACGCUCAGCCUCAAGAGAUCGUCACGGCCCCCAAGACUGGCGAACUGUUAUAUACGCUGCCCAAGACUGACUUGGCGUCUAUGGUUGUUCAAGCAUAUAGUGGCGGCAGCAUCAACACCCCAUUUUCAGUCGAUUACGAUGACUUCUCUGGAGAAACGGUGUUGAGAUUCAACGGCAAUGAUUUUGCUAGUUGUCCUACCCACAGCCAAGUCCAGGAAUAUGGCUGGCAACCCUACAGCAUCAGAGCGCUCAGCUAUGGUGGCUUGGUAUACAAGGACCAAGUCUUCCAGGUUGGAGUCGAGUGCAUCCCAUUCAAGAUGCGUUUGGUUGAGACUGAGUUGCCCGCACCUGAGUACUACGAGUACCCCUGCACUGAGUACUAUUACUCAGUUAGUGGACAAGAAGGCCAUUAUACUUGUCUUGACAGCUUGUAUUUCGACUGCUUGGACAAUGAUAACUGUACUGAUGCGGAGAAGAGGGUCUGGGCCACCAAGACUUCGGUCAACAAGCUGCAGUAUGGUAUGGAGUUGUGUCAAUGCAGGGACUUUACUGAUGGUGCUCCUGGACUGGGUGUUGCUUCGUAA